AUGCAAGCAGGCGUAGCGGUUGCUGGUUUGCCCCGAGCGCGUUCGGAGCUGCCUCGAGCUCCCGGGAUAUCCCCUGGCUUCACUGAGGAUAUGAACAUGUCUAAGAACGUGUCAGUCGAGAAGUCCGUGGAAGUUAGUGUCACCAACGUAGUAAAUUUGCUCAAAUUCUUUAGAAACAAUACGUAUACUGCUUCAACUCACAAUGAUGACCACACGAAGAUCCUCAACGUCGUUGAACGGAUGUGGGCUAUGGACUACAAAUACAUGACAAUAGACAACACUGGGGGAGUGUAUUGCGAUACCUAUCCUAAAACCUUGUUCGUCCCGGACCGAAUGAUGUCCACCACACUUAUACAAGAAGGAGUCCGCGUUUACUCCAGUGAGAGUCUCAAGGUUGAUCCCCACUGCAGUGAUCUGGUUCCUGAUUGUGGUCAGAGCCAUGAGUCUGCAUUGGCCGGCAUCGUAGCUCAGCACCAGCAAGUUGAUGAGACGGUCUCUACAGAUUUUUCCGGCAUAGAUAUAUCUGACACGGAGCAGCGAUCGCAGGAGUUGAUGAAGCACCUGGAAGUUGCCAAGUAUGGACGAAGCCGGAACCGCUUCGCUGUUCCAGUAAUCAUGUGCGACGCAAAGUAUAUUGCUCGAUCUUCAACAGUCCCUCUGGCCAAAGAAGUCAUUUACCGCAUGGGUAUCGAUGUGCUGGACUCCGUAAUUAAAUCUUUGACCAAUUUUACUCUCCCUGAAUUUUCACUAUUAAAAGACAACUUUGGCCUCGCAGAAUCGAAAUACAGGGAAAAUGUUGACUUCUUUUCCCGAGGGAAAGCGGCUGACGCAGCGAUGCUUAAGAAGUUUCGCAUCACGGCUAUCUUUGACCUGAUGAUCGAAGAUCAGAAAGUAAAAUACUACACAUACUGCUCCUCUUCAGAAAAAGCAGAGGGCGAGACUGAAUACUCAGAUUUUGCCCUGAACUCUGUUCCGUAUCCCGGCUGCGAGUUCUUCAGUAACUUCAGGGAGACGCAAUGGAAAGCGGAGUAUCUUCGUUUUGACUGGAGAGCCGAGGAAGUCAAUGCGGAGUUGUCGGUGAAUGAAGCGGUUCACCCAUCGAGCAGUGAUCAGAAUUACAAAAGCUGGGAUCUUUGCAAGCUGACCAAAAGGUACCUGCAGUACAUGCUGACUUACAUCACAGGCGACACGGCCAAGGGUAUGCUCGUGCACUGCAUCUCAGGCUGGGACAGGACGCCGCUCUUCGUUUCUCUGAUGCGCGUCUCCCUAUGGGCCGAUGGUGUUAUCCACAGGUCUCUGGACGCGGCGCAGAUGCUGUACUUCACUCUGGCCUACGACUGGAUGUUCUUCAGUCAUCAGCUAGAGAACAGAGUUCAAAAAGCUGAAGAUAUCAUGCUGUUUUGCUUCUACUUCCUCAAAUUUGUUAAGGGAGAGAAUUACAACACUCGGUCCAGCGACUUCGGUUGGACGGACCCAAAAGAUGACGAGAACCAUAAACGUCAGCACAUGGAGGAAGAUUUCAAGACUCUAGACGAAGAGCAGAUCACCGAGCUUAACGACGCUAUGAAGGAGAACCCGAAUAGAGACGAAUCAGACCUUCUAAAUAUGUCGAAUGACUCGAAGGCGAACUCGAGCGUCUCGUCAAACGAGUUUGAGAUGGUUAGUACAAAAAUGGUAAAAACCCUCCCCUCGAGGCUGUCGCCAGGAUCUGCUCUUAAGAAGAUGGGACUGUCGUCUCCUCACGACAACCCGGGGGAAUACAUGGCUGGCCUGGAGGGUACUAGUUACACAGAUUCGCGUAGAAAGAUGUUCGACCGAUACCGCCGAAUUUCCGAAAUCCGCAAGAUAUUCUUCAUCGCUGUCAAUGAAGGUUACGAGUUGAAGAAGCGCACCGAUGAGGCCGCGUCUAAGUUCACCUCCACCCUCCUUGACUACGCUCGUCCGCAUUUAGCCCAAUUUUGGGGCGAACAGCUUUGAUAAUCACGGCGCUAACUCUUCAAUUUGAAUAACAAAUAUUACAAGGUGGCGUUGACAAAAUUGAGUGAAAUAUGAGGACGGUUAUAUAUUGAAAAUUUUAGCUAUUUCUGGAUCGUGAUGGUAGAGAAUAGCACUUAUCCUAAACCCUUUAAUGGUAUUGGUUAACACGAUAAUUUUAAGUGUAUUUUGUUGAUGUUCAAUAAAGAUUUGGAAUUUA